AUGACCGCAAUUAAACCCAAAAUUUCCCUUGCUAAGCAAGACAAGCCUUCGAAACAUCCUCAUUGGUUGUCCCCUGUCUUCCUCACUGUACCAAGAAGAGAAGAUCCGGGGUGGGGGUGGGGUGUUUCUCCUUCAUCACGACGCCUCCUUCUUGGCCAACAUCUUCAUAAACUCCUCAAAGGUGACCUUCCCGUCUUCAUCCAGGUCAGCCUCCUUCAGCAUCUCCCCCACUUUCUCAUCGGUGAAGCUCUCCUGAAGGUGGAGGAGAACGUGUUCGACGGAUCGCAUGACGGUCCCCAACUCCUUCUUGGUGAUGACUCCGUCGCCGUCCAGGUCAAAGUGGGAGAAGGCCUCCUUGAAGAUGCCAAUCUCGGCUUCGGUGAACUCAUGGGACAUCUUGCCGGUCGCGUUGCUCCCAACGUUGUGUGCGUCUCCUCAAGGGAAGCACAACUCUGGGUUUCUCUCCAACGAGACCGGAAAAUCUGGAGUCUGUUAUUAGGAGCCAAGAAGCCCACAAGUCCUGUCUCCACCCUGCUUGUAGUUUCAGGCCCAGAUUUGGGACUGAGGAACCUGCUGGAAUGCUGUUGUGCCACAAGCAGCGAAUAGGUUAAAAACAGAUGU